AUGCGCUUCAAACAUAAGGGUUCAUGGGUCACGUUGCAAGGAGUCAUUAAGCUCGACGAAGAGGCUACAGUUGCUGCUGAGAGUUCGCUAGAUAAAGACGACUUGUCUCAAGGCACCGGAUGCAGCAAUCGAGGGGGUCAGUCGAUUCGUCAAGUGUCCGAGCCAUUGGAGUCGAAGAUGGAAGAAGUCUACCCUACCGUUGAUGUUGUCGUCCCCGCCACCAUGUCAGCAACCGCGACGUCAUCGAGGGUCAUUGCACCACCGCUGCCGCCUGUGGGAACCCUAACCACAUCGACGUCACAAGACCCGACCUCAUCAGCACCAUGCACUGCUAUUCGCCUUAAAGGGGAGAGGCGGUGCUAUCAUAGGAGGAAGAGAAAGAAGCAACAUGAUGUUGUGGCCGUCGCCGAAAUUACCAUCAAUUCACCGCAACAGGCUGGAGCCCUAGCUGAUUCGUUAGAGACCAAUGAAGAAGUCGUUGUUGCCAGCAAUGACGCCUCGUUUGCCGCUGUCGUUGCCGAUGUGAGUACGGUUGCUAUUGCGUGGAACCGAGGUUCUGUUCCCGGCUGCAUCGGACCCCCAUGGGCGCCCUAA